CUUUUCGGAAAGAGGAAACUUUAACUAGGUUGUUGCAUUUGGCCCUGCACUUGAGUGAAAUGUCCAAAUCCUCGAUGCGACGCUUUAACAUGAGCUUACAAAUCUUACGUAGCAGUGCAUACUGUAGGCGCCCAGCAAAUCAAAAAAUGGAACAGAGCUACGAUUACAAUCGGAAAUGGAUGCUGGCACCGAAUAUCGAGGCUAACCCAUUCCCCAGAAUUAAGUUGCUAUCGUACAACAUACUCGCCCAGGAUCUGCUAAUGGAGCAUUUAUUUCUGUACGUAAAUAUAAAACCGGAGUGGCUGACCUGGCAACGGCGAUUGAAUAACUUGCAACGCGAGAUCAGCAAACUGAAUCCGGACAUACUCUGCCUCCAGGAGAUGCAAUACAAUCAUUUGCCCAUGCUGGUGCAGCGACUGACAGCGAGCAGCGGCAAGCGCCUCGAGUAUGUGUAUAAGAAGAAGACAGACUACCGCACAGACGGUUGUGCCAUCAUCUACGAUGCCUCCAAAUUCAGGCUUGUGUGCCAGCAAGGCGUGGAACUCUACGAUUCAAGUGUGCCGCUGCUGAAUCGUGGCAAUGUGGCGAUUUUGGCCAAAUUUCAACUGAAGCAAAAACACUGUCCGCAGGAGGAGCCCAAGGAGGUAAUCAUAGCCACCACACAUCUGCUUUAUAACCCGAAACGCGACGAUGUGCGCUGUGCCCAAGUGUCCAAGCUGCUAACCGAAUUGCAUAGUUUCGCCGCGGAUCAGCCGCCCGGCACAGGUCAAGGCAGCACCCCUGUGAUUCUAACCGGUGACUUUAACUCACCGAUAGGCUCGCCGCCCAUAGAGUUGCUAACGGUCAAGGAUGCGAACGAAUCAGCGCUUAACUUGGAGCCACUUGAUUAUGGUGACUGCACUGCCUCAACGUUUCAGGAAAACUGGAUCACCGUUGACUACAUCCUGCGCUCCGUCUGCCCGCUAAGCAAACAUCAGCUGCAGGUGCUGAGCAUCUACAGGUUGCCCACCAUUGACUGCUGUGCCAAAGUGGGCAACAUACCCAAUCACUACCUCGGUUCGGAUCAUUACGCACUGGGCGCAGUCUUUGCACUAGCCUAGCAUUUAUAUAGUUUCGCCUAAUAAAAAUCUCUUACGUGUAAA